AUGACACCUUGGUUUCUUGAAAAGGGAAAAGUUGCAAAAGUCAUCAUAGCAAAAGAGUCUGGCGAAGGAUUCGAUUCGUGUUGGUUGAACAUACAGCUGUCGUGCCAUCUCACCAACAUACUCGUCACCACAACUCCUGCAAGAAAUCAGACAAGUCUAGUAUCAAUUCAUCGACUGCGGAGGGAUGGAGGAUUUGGUUGGCACUGGGGCGGUCUCGAACCACCGACCGACGGUGCAGUCACAGCAGAAGCUCUUACCGAUUGUACCAUACUCGCCCCAAAUUGUCAUAAUGCACAUAUUUCAUAA